CGUAAUAGAGUUCACUAGACACUGCUAGCGUCUCUUCUUGCAGCAAUUACUUACUUAUGGGAUAACCCUGCUUGUCUCCGCACCCCAUGUCGUCCUACACGUCGUCCCCGACAUUCGAUAAUGCAGCCAGCUAUUUAUCAACGGCAGCAUCCCUGUCCUCGGUGUCCAAUGCGAUCAAGCUUGAGCUCUAUGGCCUCUACAAGUACCUCACAGUAUCGCAUACACCAAACACAUCGAAGCCAUCCAUAUUUGACAUGACUGGGAGAGCAAAAUGGGAUGCUUGGAAUGCUACUAGCAAGACGUAUGGUGACCGCGCUAACGAAGCGGAGGCUCGCUACAUCGCUCUAGCCCGGGAGCUGGGCUGGUCAGAAGACAAAGCUCCUACGCCUGUGGGCGAGCUCGACUUGGAUGCAGAUGAUGGCGAAGCUGCUGGGUCAAGUCAGGGAGGAGGAGAAUAUGGCUUCGCUAUGUCUGUCAGUACGAUGAGCACGUCCGACGAGAGGAGCGGGAGCGCCCUCAACGAUCUCGCCAUUGCUGGGAAUACACCCGCAUUGCGGGCAUUCCUCGACGCAAAUCCGGGCGUCGAUGUCAACGCAAAGGACGAGAAUGGCUACACACCAUUACAUUUGGCAUGCGACAGAGGCCGUGCAGAAGUGGUGCGCCUCUUGCUCGAGCGGGGCGCUAAUCCGAGCAUAAAGGACGACGAUGACCUCACUGCGAAGGAGCUUGCAGAGGUAUCCGGACAUGAUGAAAUAAUAGGUGUGCUAAAGGCUGUGUGAAUUAGAGAUAUGGGGAUAUGGGGAGAUGACUGAAUGCAUACGCUACUGCGAAUAUGUGUGUGCAACCAUGCCAAGCCGAAACAUCUCCUGCCUCUCUUCGAAAUCCCCUAAUGGUCGCAUCAAACC